AUGUCCGUCCCAAGGCGAAAAUCGGAUAACGAGCCCAAACGGGCUAGUAAUGCCUAUCUCGAAAAUCUCAGACGAGCCGCCCAGGCGGCAGAAUUUGCUGAGAAUUCAGAACAAUUGACUGACCACCAUGGCAAAAGUAAUGCCAAUACUGUGGGUGCCGAGGUCGAUGCCAUGGACACGGAAGUUGGCCAAGCGGCAGAAUUGGAGACACCUUCGUUCUUCCUGAGAAACCGACCAAACAAGCGCCGCAGAUGGCUGUACCUCGGGACGUCCUCCACAUGGUCAUUUAACAUUCGAGCCGUCUCAAUCAUCAAGGAUCAUUUAUUCGACAAGAAUGGGCCUGAGGAAGACAAUGCUUUCAGCUUGGAUGGUGAUGCAUACAAAUUCUCAUGGAAACGUGUUGGUCUAGAGGAUAAACCCGAUUUGAGUCGACUGCCGUCCUUAGACUUCGCCAUAUACCUAACCAACACGGUCAAAUUCCAUCUGGGCGGCAUUCUUCGUCUCUUCGAUGAGGAUGAGUUUUUGCAACACCUCCACGAGUUCUACGCUGAAGCGCCUGAGAAAGUUGGGAGCUCCAGGCUCUGGUAUACUCAAUAUCUACUUGUUCUAGCGUUUGGGAAAGGCUUUCUGAAUGGGCCCAAGACCCCAGGGAGUCUUUCAGGUUCCGAGUUCUUCACACGAGCAAUGUCCAUCUUACCUGAUAUUCCGGAUCUUCACGAGGAGCCAGUACUGGCAGUUGAAGUGCUAAACUUAAUCGCAUUGUAUUUCUACUGUCUCGACAUGAGGCAAACUGCCUAUUCCUAUAUUGGUCAAGCCUUGCGUAUCGCACUGGCAGAUGGAAUGCACACACGUAUUCCGGCUGAGUUGUUAGGAGAGAAACUCGCCGAACGAUGUGCCAAUAUCUGGUGGACAGCUUACGUCCUAGAUCGAACGUUAUCAUCAUCCGUUGGCGCCCCAACCUCGGUCCAUGAUGAGGAUAUCAAAACCUAUCUGGCUUCACCACAACAGUCUUCUCAGCGUUAUGCAACCUUGAGCUUACACGUUAAGCUAUCCAGAUUAAUCUCUCAUAUACUGAAUGAGCUAUAUAGUGCAGAUGGCAGUCUUGAAGCUUCAUACCUCUCAAAGAUAAGAUCUGUCUUGAGAAGGCUGGCUGAAAUUGCUGAAGAGCUUGAAGGGACAAUCAACUUCAAGUUCAAAAGUUCUUUGGAGACGCUUUCAAAAGGGGCAACCCACCUUCGCCUCCUCUACCAUCAGGAACGAUUGAAAUCGCUACAAGAUGGUACUGGGGUACAAGAUCUAACAGGAUCCAUUCGUGACCUGCUUCAAACUUGUGCAGACUCUGCAGCGAAAACACUUGCAAUACUGUGCGCGUUGGCGGAAAACAACAUGCUGGACAGCUUCCUCCCAUUCGACCUUGAAUUUACCUCGUCUGCUGCAUCAGUUUUGAUUAUCCUCGACGAUAUACUUCGGAUCGUACCGAUUUCGACCAGUGUCAAGCGCCGCGGAAGCAGGAUCUUGCUUGACAUGAAGCAGAGAGGCAGUGUUCCAGCACAACUACGCCAGAACGAACUGGACCGGCUCAAUCGAUUGGCAAGGAGGCUUUGGGAGAGGUUUCCCACAUCGAUGACUGGGAGUAAGAGCAAAUCCAGGGCGAGCACUGCCGUUCAAAAUCAGCCAAGCACCAUUUCUGGAGCAGAUCUACCGCUCGCGCCGACGAGCGCUCCCCAGAUCGAGCAGAAUUCAACCCAGGGCAAUGACCCACCGACGAACCCCCUGUAUGAUCCGAAUCUCUCGCCUCCAUUCCAGACACAAAACACUACACCUUUCGACCUGAUAUCUCCUGACCUCGCCGAACAAUUCGAGCUCUCUCAGGAACAAAUGUUGUUCGUCGCUGAUCAGCUGAACGCCGAUGCAGAUGAUGCAUUAUUCAUGUCGAACUUGGACUUUGGCGCCCCAGGCGGUGCGUCCGGGUCUGGGAAUAAUUGGCUUUGGAGCAUGUCUUGA